GGGUGGCCAUGCAUUGGAAGAAGCACCAGGCAAACGAUGGAGGACGAGAAGAAGGUGAUCGUGCCGGACGAGGAAGUCGACGAAGAAGACGACGACGAGGAUGUCGUGGCCGAAGGAACGGGUGGUGAUGCCGCUGGAAAGAAAAAGAAGAAAAAGAAGAACAAGAAAAAGAAGAAGGCCGCGGCAGCCCCGGUCGGCCCAGGAACGAAAUUGCCGCCCUUUCGCGGUGUGACUGGGUACACGGACAGCUACAUUCAGUAUGGUCAAACCGAACCCCCGACAAUUCCUGUGGCAAAGUUGUUCGCGGUCGGUUCGUUCCCCAAAGGCGAAGAGCAGGAACACCCCGGUGACUUCAACACGUACCGCAUCACAAGUGCCGAGAAGCGUGCCGCCGAACGUGAAAACGAAGCGUUCUAUGACCGUCUCCGCUACGCGUCGGAAGUCCACCGUCAAGUGCGCAAGUUUGCGCAAGGAUUGAUCAAGCCUGGCAUCCGCCUCAUCGACUUGUGCGAAGCUUUGGAAAACAAAAACCGAGAGCUCGUCGAAGAGGCUGGGUUUGCACGCGGGAUCGGUUUCCCCACGGGCUGCUCGUUGAACCACGUGGCUGCGCAUUACACCCCAAACUCGGGGGACAACACAGUCUUGACCUACAACGACGUGAUGAAGAUCGAUUUCGGCACCCAAGUCGAUGGGCGCAUCAUCGAUUCGGCGUUCACGGUUGCGUUCGACCCACAAUUUGAUCCGUUGUUGGCCGCUUCCAAAGCUGCCACAAACGAAGGCGUGCGCCAAUCUGGCAUUGAUGCGCGUCUCGGUGAAAUCGGCGCGGCAAUUCAAGAAGUGAUGGAGUCGUACGAGGUCACAAUCAACGGCAAGGUGUACCCAGUGCAAUGCAUUCGCAACUUGAACGGCCACUCGAUCGGGCCAUAUCAAAUCCAUGCUGGGAAGAGUGUGCCGAUCGUGGCAACCCCCGAACAAACCAAGAUGGAGGAAGGCGAGAUCUUUGCUAUCGAAACAUUCAACACGACGGGUCGCGGGUAUGUCGUCGAGGACAUGGAGUGCUCGCAUUAUGCCAAGGCGUUCGAUGCGCCGCACGUGCCGCUCCGCCUUCCCCGCGCCAAGAAGCUGCUUUCCCAUAUUCAACGCACAUUCGGAACGCUUCCAUUCUGUCGCCGCUGGUUGGAACGCGACGAUGGUGGGUCGACCUUUAUCAACCCCAAGGGUGCCAAGCAAGAAAAAUACAUUAUGGGACUCAAGAACUUGGUCGAAAACGGCAUUGUGACGGCAUAUCCGCCGCUGUGCGACGUCAAGGGCAGCUACACGUCCCAAUACGAGCACACGCUCAUUUUGCGGCCCACUUGCAAAGAAAUUUUGUCGCGCGGCGACGAUUACUAGGCGAUCUCUCGUUCUCCAUGGAAGUAACGUGGACCAAGCAUGUUGAAAUGGCA